AUGGACGAAUUAUCCGGUGCAAAUACAGAAAUUCCAAAGCCCUUCCCUAUCACGUUAGACAACAGCGGUCACAUCCCCCUCCAAGUCCCGGGGCUCAAAGACAUUCCAAUCCAUUAUGAGCUCCCAUCCCAGACGCGCUUCGCACAUGGAAUGGUGGAGUGGCGACAAACCCCUGCAGUGACAGCCCGCGAGUUAGCCAUGGUCGCCGUAAUGAAUCAACUCACCGACCGCCCGGAGUGGCAUUUGGAUAUAUCCAACGACCAGGUUGUCGCGGACUGCCACAGAUAG